AUGCCCCUCUUCGUCCUCACCAAAGACCACGUCCGCAAGGCAUUCUCCCACCUGGGAGAAACCAAAAACCUCAAACACCGCGCAAAGUUCCUCACAGAGUACGUAGUUCCCGACGUCACGUGGACCUGCACCGGCAGCGCCCACUCGCUGGCGGGGACGCGGCACAGCGUCAAGGACCACGACGACGCAACCUUCAAGCGGCUGGGGAGGAAGCUCGAGGGGCCCAUCAAAUUCACGGCAACAAGGGUCAUUGUCGACGCCGAACGCGAGCCCGACGGCUGGUGGUGCUCGGUCGAGACCAAGGGCGAGGCUACCAGGACCACUGGCGAGCCCUACAACAAUGAGUACGCGUGGCUGAUGCGAUGGAACGACGAGGGCAAGAUUGUCGAGAUUCGAAGUUACUUCGACACCCUGCUCUCGGAGAAGGUGCUGCUGGGACAAGAAUGA